CUCUGGUUCCAUAUGGCUCUGGCUCCAUAUGGCUCCUGCUGAAAGCAGCACAGAGUGUCCUCGCCGUCUCACUGCCUCCUUCCUCUGCCGGCCUUCCCAAGCUCGGGCCUCUGCAAGCACUGGGCCUGUCGCCUGGCAUUGCCCUGCGCUGGAGCUGGUGCCGUGGUGAGACGGGUGUUGGGGAGCCAGUGGUGGUGGCUGGGAGGUCACAGGCAGCGCAGCAUGGCCAUGGUAGGUCCUGCCCCAGCCCCUCUACCCUGCCCUGCCCUGGAGGAUGUGUGAGCGCUCGGUAGUCCUCAUCACAGCAAGUGCCGGAGGCUACAGAGGGCAGGGUGGCACUCUCCAAAGGGAAUUCUGUGUGGGAAAGCCCAGCUCCUGCUACGCUGUGGGUGUGCUGAGGGUCAGCCACCUCUGUGACCUGAUGCUGUCUGCUGGCUCCUGCCCAGCUUGUGGGACUGGGGAGCUGCGCAGUGGGGCAGGGGGUUGUGGGACCCCCUCAGCCAGCCCUGUGGCUGAGCUGGGCUCUGCUCCUCUUGAGGCCUGGCACCAUAAGCAGUGCUGGGAGCAGGUGAGGUGCCUGCCUGGCAGCUUCCUUGCACAUGCACAGUGUCUGUAGACAUGGCUGAGCUGGUGGUCACCCAGCCAUGCUGGAGGCUGGGGGUCUGUGCAUGGGAAUGUUGGACCUUGAGCCACUGGGAGCAAGGUGGUGGCUGUGGACAGGGUUCCUUGGUGGGCUCUGGGUCAGGGAAGCAGGGUUAAUGGAGUGUUGGGCAGGGCUGCACAGAAGCAGGAGAGUGUCCUGAGCACAGGGUCCAGCAGCCUAGGAGGGCCCGUCCCCAAACCCUCCUCCUGCUGCACCUCUGCUGUCGGUGGGGAAGGAUGGGGCUGACGCAACCCAGGGUGUGCACAUGGUGAAAACAGGAUGUGGUAUGAGGAGACAAGCAGGAUGUUUCUGGGGGCCCCACAGGACCCCACCAAGGGGUGGGGGUGGUGGCACCCGCAGCAGCACGCUGAGACCCUGGGCUCAUCCCCAUGGCCUGCCUGACCCCGGGGCUGUUGCCCCUCUGGUGUGGUACAGCGUGGGCUGGCAGCAGGGCUGGUUGCUGCAGUAGCUCAGGGGGCCGAAGGACACCCUGAGGCAUCUGAAGCCCACCCUCCCCUUACUCCAUAGCUGGCAUUCUGGGUGCCGUGUCUCCAUCUCAUGCUGCUGAACAGGAUUUAGCUGAGUCAAGGCAGCCAAAGCUGAUGCAGCCUCUCCCGGCGACUGACGGGGACAGGGAUGGGGACAGGGAUGUGCUGGGGUCGCUCCCAUUGCAGGCACGGCCCCACAUCUCCCAGACUCGCCACACAGGGGUCCUGCAUGGAGCAGUGGGGUCCCUGCAGACACCCCAUAGCAAGGGGGAAGACAGUGGGAAACAACAUCCCGUGGGGACUGGCAUGGCUCCUAGUCCUUCUCCUGGUUCCAGUUCUUGUCCCAGACAGCUGUGGGAGAUGCCAUGGAGCCUGUGGAGAGGAGCGGGCACCAGCGGUCCCCACGGCCAGCGCAGGACCUGGACCUGCAGUGGAGAGGUCUGGCAGAGAUGGGGGAGCUGCAGGGCUGGGGGUCUGCUGGCCUGCCCAGCUGGUGGAGGGGAAGGGAGGGGACCCCGGCGCUGCGCACUGAGCUCAAGAUGUGCCGGGUCGGGUGUCCUGGCAGGCUCCGAGGAAGGAAGGGCUGGGCCAGCCCAGGACCUGCCUGGCUGGGACCCCAGCACAUGGCGUCUCCCGGCCCCGCGCCAGGGAGGGGGAGCAGGCCCUGGCGCCCAUUUCCCACCCGGCCGGGAGCACAGGAGUUAAGGUGCUGACGGCUCUGGCUCAUGGCGGCAGGAACAGGGUGGUGCUGGUGCUGGCUGCUGGCGAGGCCGGGAUGACGCCCGAGAGGCCCCGGAGCUCAUUGGUACGGGGCCCUGAGUCACCGCGGAAGCACCGAGCUGCAGGUGUCCACACCCGGCACGGCAGCUCGGGCACGGCCAGCGGGGCCGGGGAGGGUCCUGCCACGAUGGUGCUCAGGGCAGAGGACAGCGUGCCCAGUGACCUGACCCCAGAGGAGUGCCAGGAGCUGGAGAACAUCCGCCGCCGAAAGCAGGAGCUGCUGGCUGACAUACAGCGCCUGAAGGAUGAGAUAGCGGAAGUGACGAAUGAGAUCGAGAACCUGGGCUCCACGGAGGAGAGGAAAAACAUGCAGAGGAACAAGCAGGUGGCCAUGGGCAGGAAGAAGUUCAACAUGGAUCCUAAGAAGGGCAUCCAGUUCCUGAUCGAGAACGACCUGCUGAAGAACACGUGUGAGGACAUUGCGCAGUUCCUGUACAAGGGAGAGGGCCUCAACAAGACAGCCAUUGGCGACUACCUGGGCGAGAGGGAUGAGUUCAACAUCCAAGUCCUGCAUGCCUUUGUGGAGCUGCAUGAAUUCACUGACCUCAACCUUGUGCAGGCUUUGCGGCAGUUCCUGUGGAGCUUUCGGCUGCCAGGGGAGGCACAGAAGAUUGACCGGAUGAUGGAGGCCUUUGCCCAGCGGUACUGCCAGUGCAACCCUGGUGUCUUCCAAUCCACAGACACCUGCUACGUGCUGUCCUUUGCCAUCAUCAUGCUGAACACGAGCCUGCACAAUCCCAAUGUGAAGGACAAGCCCACGGCAGAGCGAUUCAUCGCCAUGAACCGUGGCAUCAAUGACGGGGGGGACCUGCCUGAGGAGCUGCUCCAGAAUCUGUACGAGAGCAUCAAGAAUGAGCCCUUCAAAAUCCCUGAGGAUGACGGCAAUGACCUCACCCACACCUUCUUCAACCCUGACCGAGAGGGCUGGCUCCUGAAGCUCGGAGGCAGGGUGAAGACGUGGAAGCGGCGCUGGUUCAUCCUGACUGACAACUGCCUUUACUACUUCGAGUACACAACGGAUAAGGAGCCCCGUGGCAUCAUCCCCCUGGAGAAUCUGAGCAUCCGUGAGGUGGAGGACUCAAAGAAGCCCAACUGCUUUGAGCUCUACAUCCCUGACAACAAGGACCAGGUGAUCAAGGCCUGCAAGACAGAGGCAGACGGGCGUGUGGUGGAGGGGAACCACACCGUGUAUCGCAUCUCUGCCCCCACGCCUGAGGAGAAGGAGGAGUGGAUCAAGUGCAUCAAGGCAGCCAUCAGCCGGGAUCCCUUCUACGAGAUGCUGGCUGCCAGGAAGAAGAAGGUCUCCUCCACCAAGAGGCACUAGCAGCCAGACUGGCCCUGCGAGGCCAGCCCAAGUGUCCCCCGGUCAUAGGGGCAUGGGGGGUGGGGGCCAUGCUGCAUGCUGGCCCUUGAGGCCCAGGGCCCAGCUUCAGCUUAGCUAUUUCUUUAUUGUGGGGGGAGGGAAGGGGCACGGGCAUCUCAGUGACUGGCCCCCCAUCACUGCCUCAUCACUGACAGCAUCUUCACAGGCUCAAGCUGGAACACAGCACCCCUGGGAGCCCUGGCCUCAGCACCACGGGCACCCUCACUGCCUCUGACCCCCAGGAAGCCUGUGGCCAUGUGGCACUGGGUCCCCCAGCACCAGUGCUCAGACGCUCUUGGGGUGUUCUGUCGGGAGGGCAAGCGGCUGUUGGUGAGCAGCUGGAGGUUUGGGGGUGCCACAGGUGCUGGGGUGCAGCCCCAGCCCCAGGGUGCCCUGCAGAGAUACAGCUCCUGGCCCUCGUUGUAGCGGGCCUGGGUCUGUCCUAGGUGUCCCCACGCUGCUGCCUUGGACCCCCCCCCCAGCGACCCCCUGCGCUGGAAUGGUCCCACAGACACAGGAGGGACAAAGGGCAGGGACUGUUGAUGAGCAGUGGUGGCACGCAGGGCAGGGAUGUGCCCUCACCCUGCUGUGGGAGCUGUGGCUUGGAUGUGGCAGCACUCAGUGGCAUUGCCCCAGCCCAUCCUUGUGCCAUGGCCCUCGUGGCAGGGUGGCAUGGUGCCAUGGUGCAGCCUGCCCUCAGGAUGGCUGCUGGUGGGGGUCUGGGUGGGUGGGCGCUGUGGCUCCACCUCUCUGCCUCACAAUCGCCUGUGUCUUGUCCUGUCCCCCUCCCCACGCACGGUCUGGAGGCACCUGGAUCAGUAUUAGUCUAUUUAUCAGAGGUGUAAAUACUCCUGUAUAGUUUUCUCCUUGUAGAUUAUUUUGUAUGUGGGUGGUUCAGUGCAGAGGCCUCACAGGAGUGGGGCGGGUGGGCAGGAUUUUUUAUUCUAAUUUUUUUUUUUUUAAUUUGCCAUGGCCUUGUAAACUAGUGCUGAAGAUCAGCAACAAAUAAAUACUUGUACCACGCUUCCCUUGG